AUGUUGCAUCGCUUACCCUCCCGCCUGGCGCGCCCCUCGGCGUCGCUUCUGUCCUCCACCGCCUCCUCGUCGUCCCGCUUCGCCCUCACCCGCCCCUCGAUCCGCACUGCGACCACCGCUCAUAAUGAGCACCGCGGGCAAGACGCCCACGCCGGCCACCACGGAGACGCACAUGGCCACGACGACCACUUCGAUCCUCCGGGAGGGUGGCUGUGGGGCCAAAGACCGGGCGAGAAAUACGAAAAGGAAGGAUGGGAGGGCCUCGCCUGGGUGUUCGUGGCGAGCUGGAUCGUGGCGGUCGCUGCCUAUACUAUGAAGGAGGACACUUCGAUACAAACCUGGGCUCUGGAAGAGGCGCGACGAAGACUGGAAAAAGAAGGGUUCUAUGACGACAAAUAA